UUGGACAUAUGGGCUAAUAUCACACUUAUGGACUUGAACCACAAAAUGAAAAAUCAUUCAUCUGUUAAAGAAUUCAUCCUCCUGGGAUUAACAGAUGACCCAGAGCUAAAUGUUUUAGUUUUUAUUUUUCUAUUUUUCACAUACAUGCUUAGUAUUACUGGAAAUCUGACAAUUAUCACCCUUACUUUGAUAGAUUCCCACCUCAAAAUUCCCAUGUAUUUCUUCCUUCGGAAUUUCUCUUUCCUUGAAAUUUCAUUCACAACAGUUUGUAUUCCUAGAUUUUUGGUCAGCAUUCUAACAGGGGACAGGACCAUCUCCUAUAAUUCGUGCAUGGCUCAAGUGUUUUUCUUUAUACUCCUUGGGUCAACAGAAUUUUUCCUUUUGACAGUAAUGUCAUAUGAUCGCUAUGUAGCCAUAUGUAAGCCAUUGCAUUACACAACAAUAAUGAACAGUAAAAUCUGCAUCCAGCUAGUGAUAAGUUCUUGGCUGGCUGGAUUUCUCAUUAUUUUUCCACCUGUGAUUAUGGGUCUUCAAUUGGAUUUUUGUGACUCCAACAUCAUUGACCACUUUGCCUGUGACUCUUCUCCCAUGCUGAUGAUCUCCUGCACAGACACAGCACUCCUACAGCUCCUCGCGUUUGUCCUGGCAGUGUUCACGCUGAUGAGCACCUUAACAUUAGUGAUUCUUUCCUACGCUUUUAUCCUUAGGACAAUUCUGAGAAUCCCCUCUGCUGAACAGAGGAAAAAAGCCUUCUCCACUUGUUCCUCACACAUGUUCGUUGUCUCUCUUUCUUAUGGAAGUUGUAUUUUUAUGUAUGUCAAAACCUCCGCAGAGGAUGGAGUGGCCUUAACUAAGGGUGUAGCAGUGCUCAAUACCUCUGUUGCCCCAAUGCUCAAUCCAUUCAUUUACUCCCUAAGGAACCAACAGGUGAAGCAGGCCUUUAAGAACUUAGUUAAAAGAUAUUUUUCAAAUAAUCUUCAAUCAUAA